AAAAAAGGAGACCCGACCCGAUGAAUUGAAGCCACAGACCCAGCCUCGAACGCGAAGGUGCAACGGGCAAAGAAUCAAUGAGCCAACCGCAAACUAAAUGCACAACAGAAAAAGGCAUCAAUUUUGGGUUCUCUGCGUUGCGCUUCAUCUUCUAAUCUCGAUUCGCUUCGGUCUCCCUCAGUUGGGUUGUGUUGCGGCAUACGAAUACUCCUCGUGGAUUCCUGGUGUAAUUUACGACUCAGCCAAAAAAAAAAAAAAAAAAAAAAAACCCACGCCUUUCACGAUUUAGAUCCAUAUUCCCGUCAUCCCAUAAUUCUCUUCCAUUUCUCCAGGUUUUUGUUCCAUGGGGAUUCAAACAAUGGGGUCUCAAGGCAAUGGCCAACAGCCUCAUUUACAGCCAUCCCCAUUGUCAAGGCAGAGCUCAUGGUUUAACCUCACCCUAGACGAAGUUAAAAACCAGUUGGGAGACAUGGGGAAACCGGUGGGUAGUAUGAACCUUGACGAGCUUCUUCAGAAAGUGUGGACUGCUGAAGCAAAUCAAUCCAUGGGAAUGGACAAUGAGAACUUCUCUUCGGCGUCUUCCCUCCAACGUCAGGCCAGUGCAACAUUGGCUAGGGCAUUGAGUGGGAAGACGGUUGAUCAAGUGUGGAGAGAGAUUCAACAAGGGCAGAAUAAGAGGUAUGGUGAAGGCAUGAGUGGUCAGGAUAGAAAUAUGACGCUUGGGGAAAUGACUUUAGAAGACUUCUUGGUACAAGCAGGGCUUUUUGCUAAAGCUUCUAUAGGUCCUACCAUGGAGUUGGAUAUGGCUGAGCAGAGUUUUCCUCUGAAAAUGGCUUUGUCAUCAUCCCCUUCAACUGGCACCUUAUCAGAUACAACAAUGCCAGGACGGAAAAGGAAUUCCUCGGAUACGUUGGAGAAGACUAUGGAUAGGAGGCUAAGGAGAAAAAUCAAGAACAGGGAAUCAGCUGCGCGCUCACGAGCUAGAAAACAGGCUUACCAUAACGAACUGGUGGGCAAGGUUUCACGAUUGGAAGAGGAGAAUAUAAAGCUCAAGAAAGAGAAGGAAUUUGAUAAAAUGUUGCCUUGUGAAUCAUCACCUGAAACAAAGUAUCAGCUUCGAAGAACAAAUUCAGCCUCUUUCUGAGAUCAUCUUUGCACUGAAGGUUUGGAGUUCCUUAUUAUUGUUGGGACUGAUGUGAUGGACACGUGGGGAAGCUGCUUUGGGAUUUCUGAACCAGGCGGCUUAUGUGCUUCCUCCUCUCCCACCAUUAUGGGCUGGCUUUAUGUAAAUUUAUGAUUUUUAACUGAUUUUCAAAUAUAUAUUUCAGCAAAAGUGCUAUGUUUAUAAAUUUCGGCUCUGUUUUGCUGAAAACUAUAUCAGGAAAGAAGCGAGAGUCCAUGUCAGUCGAGAUGCAUAUUGGUAUAAUUACAACAUGAUUAUAUUGCUUGAUCUCUAGUCUAUUUCCUGGAAAGUUGGCUUGCAAGAGGAAAGCAAUGAAGCCUCUUUAGGAUUUUGAAGUUUAGGACUGCAAUUGACCAAGUGAAUAUUCUUGGUGAAACUUAGGAGUCAUGUCAUAUCCAUGUUGAGCUACCAAGUACUUGACUGUGAAGCAAGGGAUUUUACCUUUAGUUUUUAAUUUUUUUUGGGUCUCA